UAUUCAUUGUACAAAAAGGAACACUAUUUGCCCUUCCAGCCUCGGUUUGGUUACAUUGAUUUGCUCAGUAGAAUUCAAGAUUGCUGCACCAUAAUAAAGGACUAUAUAACACCAGUGCUUUGAUGCAGUCUGUGAUACGAAUCUUGUAUGAAGUAUGGUACAUAACAAACAUUGUUAAUCAGACCUACAUGUAAAGACCUUCGGGUCACGGUCAACGGUCUUCGCCACUAUGCUAGAUUUGACUUUCUAGGACACUGCUUCUGUGAUUGCUGAUAAAUACUUUAAGUCGCAUGGAAAAAGUUGUGUUGUCCGUGUCUGGAGUGCUUCCCAUUUUCCAUUGUAUCCAGUUUCAAUAAUUUUUUUUACAAAUAUUAUUAACAAACUAAAGUUUUUUUGUUACGAAGUAAAGUAUGCAAGAUAUGUUUCAUUUCUAAAUGUUUUAUUAUUUGUUUUAUUAUCAUUGCUAAGAAGAGUAAGAUAUGUAUUGGAUACUCUGGUGUAUUUGUCAUGACUCUUAAUUUCUGUACUGGUAAAAUAGAUUUUGUAAUGUGUUCCCCUUUGUUGCCACAGGUCCUGAAUGUUCGAGACGGACAGUUUCUUGAAGUCUAUGACUCGGAUUUCCUGGAGUACGUGCUAUAUAGCCAUGGUGUGACCACUGUGUCACACCUGGACAGAUUCAGAAUAAGGAAAUCGCAAGUAAAUAACCCUUCCUCCAGUGCUACAUGUAGGCCUGUGUCCGCAACAGCACCGCCUUUGGAACUUCCAACAGGUUUAAAGAGGCAAGUGAGCCUUAGAGACAGGUUGGACGACCUGUUUGCCAAGAAGAAAAGUAAAACUGGAAAAGCAAAGAACAAACGUUCACGUGAUGUACGGAUCCAAUUUGGAUGGAUGCAUCGUGCAAGUGAGUCUACUGAGCAUAAGGGAGUCCGUUCGACAAAAGGAGGUGGGACAAGAUGUGUAGAAGUGGCAGAGAAUGCCAGCUACAAGGACCUGUGUGAUAAAGGUGUGGCAGCCUUUUUUCUUAACGGAAACUCACCUAUGGGGUCGAGGCAUCAAUUCCAACUAGAUGGCAUUGGAACUUACCAACAGUUGCGGCAAGAUAAUGAUGGUUUUAACCUCGCUGAGAUCAUAGCCGAGCAUGGCAACCCAUCAAAGACUCGAAUUUAUAUGUUCACAACUGCUAAGGUAGAGAAAUCUAUUCCUUUCAAGAUAACCUGUACUGUACAGUGAUCAUAUUUUUAGUUUUGGCAAAAUUCUCAACCAAAACAUCUAAGCACAAACAUUUUAUGGAAGUACAUUGUAUGGAGA